AUGCGUUCAUUAUCCACAAUUUACAAACUACCUAUAUUGCGAAAACAUAAACCAUAUCAACGUACACAAGAUCAAGAAUUAACAGAAUUAUUUAAACCAUUUGGAAAAAUUCUUGAAGCAUCUGUUAUUAAAGACUAUGGUUUUGUGCAUUAUGGAAGUAUUGAAGAAGCAGAAAAAGCAGCGUUUGCAUUGAACAAUAAAGAUUAUAAAGGGAAAAAAAUUAGAGUUGAAUUAUCUACCAGCACCGUGAGACAUCGUCCGGGUGAACCCACACCCACAAGCAGUCUUCGUCAAGGAGGACGAUCGAAUCGGGGAGGAGGACCGAUGCGAGGUGGAAAUGAUCCUCGACAAUAUGGGAGUGGUAAUAAUAAUUAUAAUCAGUCAUACGAUCGAUCGAGACCUUAUCCGGACCAAGGUAGAUUUAACCCACGUGAUAGCGGUAACAGAAAUUUUAGAGCAUUUAUUCCUGGACAAAAUCGAGGUGGUGGGAGUUACAAUAACAAUACUUCAAAUACUUACGACAAUAAUCAAGGUGCUUAUAGAGGGUUUGGACAGAAUCAACAAAGAUCAGAUAAUUUUGGUGGAAGAAAUAUGUAUGAUCGUUCUGGUCCUGGAUCUAAUUCAAAUGGCUCAUUUUAUGGCGAAGGGGGUGCGAAUGCUGGAUCGCAUCCACCACAACAAGCAUUCAAUUCACAUGGCUACGAUCAAUCUUAUGCUCGUUAUCAGCAAUAUUAUCCAAAUAGAUCAAGAGAUUCCGAAUUUUCUGCUCAGUCGAAUCAACAACAAAAUGAAUACGACUACUACUCGAAUUAUCCAAAUGAUGCAUACUCUCAACAGCAGCUACCACCACCCUCUGGAGUUCCACCACCAAUGCUUUCACAGCAACCACAACGUGGGCCUCCUCAAAUUUCAGGAGGACGCUCCGAAUAUAUGCCAUAUGAUGCUUAUACAUCCAAUAUGAAUUCCUAUUAUAGUCAACAACAGCAACGGACAUGA